GUGCAACAAUUUUUAAAAACAUGGAUAAUGACCUUAACUUAUACUUCUACUAGAUGUGCUAAAUUAGGCAGAAGUAGAACAAACCAAUAUAUUUCACACUCAUUGUCUAAUCCAAAUACACAAGCAUUUUAACUAUGGCGGGUUUAAUCAAAGAGGCAGUGGCUAAGAAUUUGAAGAGAAUUGUGCCUCCGUUAGAUAGAGGGCACGGCAUAAGAACAAUGGCAGGAACUGUGCCGAAGAUGAAGUCAUAUGCGGCCACAACAGAAGGAGAGCCUAAUAAGGGGAAAGCGAAGGGGGGCAACUAUGUCCCAAUUUAUGUUGCAUUGGGGAUGAUAGGGUUGGCCGUAACAUUAGGACUCCAUACAGCCAAGCAACAGUUCAUGCAUGCCCCUGAUGUUCGAGUCAAGAAAAGCCGGAGGGAGAUGGUGUCGGAGGUGGAUGACCCCGAACGUGUUACCCGUGAGUCUGAGGAUUUUAUCAAGAAGUCUUUCUUUCGAAAAGUUGCUAAUGUUCAAGAGUUUGAUACUCUUAUUGAUGAUCCAAUUCAUGGCAAUUCUCAAACUAGGGAGCCACGAGUGGAGUCAUUGAAGACAGUAGAAGCCAACGUUGUUGAUAGAAAUGAUUCCGGUCGCUAAAACGAUUUUGAGAUAUCGUUUAUAUUGUUUAGUAUUUGUGUAGCUUUCGUAAGUUUGUCAUCCUAAGUAAACAAAUAGAUCCUUCUUUUUUUGAUAUUUUUUAGAAUUAUCGAAAAAAUGGAAUCGUCUUGUUAUGGUUAUGGCCCUUAUUGGGGUUGUUUAUGUGAACAAAUGGAACCUUUUUUUUUAUCAUGUUAUUAAAACCAUCGAAUUCUCUAA